AUGUUCGCCUUUUACUCUCUGCUGGUCUACAUCGUGUACGCGCUGCUGCGCCGCGGCCCGCGGCCGCUCCCCCCGCCGCAGGGCCCGGAUGCCUUCUCCGUGGAGCCGCCCAGGCGGCGCAGGCUGUGUGAGGAGCUGUGGCCGGAGCUGCCGGAGCUGGACAGCAGCUCUGAGAGUGACCGAGGCAGUGGCACGGAGGAAGAGGAGGAGGCUGGCCCUGACAGCGGGUUUCUGGAGGAUGCCACCACCCCGCUCACCGAAUUCCUGUCCCUCAAGCGGGAAGCUGCCGAGGGGAAGCUCUGCCUAGCGGACACAGAGGCCUCUGGCGGGAAGCUCCCCGACUCCCCUCUCAUCUCGGUGAUGUCCCACCUCCUCUCCUUCCUGGAGCACUAUGGGCAGAUGCAGCGGCUGCAGGAGCAAGCCGGGGAGUACCGCUCCCGCCUGCGCCGGGAGGAGAGCCGGCGCCGGAAGCAGCUGCGGACGCUGAGGAGGGCCUACAGGCAGCAGGUGCAGGAUAAGCUGAGCGUCAUCGAGAGCCUGGAGGGCGUCAUCUGCGAGCAGCAGAACGUCAUGGAGACGCUGCACGGUAUGAAGCUGCCCUCCACUUGCCCCCUGUACCCGUGUCCGCCUGUGUCCCCCGUGGGCGUGCACCGGCUGGUGGAGUCCAUCAGUGCCCUGCAGGGGGAGAGGAACAAGCUGGUGGAGGAGAUCACAGGCCUGAGGCAGCAGCUGGAAGAGGGGGAGAAGGAGAAGCAGCAGCUGGCAGGGAGCUUCGACCUGCAGGUCCAAGAGCUGAAGCAGCAGAUUGAGGAGCGAGAGGAGGAGCUGACACGGCUGCGCACGGGGAUGGGGGUGACGGAUUCGGAGAAGCGGAUCCACAACCUGACGGUGGAGAACGAGGGGCUGAAGCAGAGUCUCAGCGUCACCCAGGGGCUCCUGCAGCAGCUGGCGACCGUGUCUGCACAGCCCUCUGCCACGCUGGCCAAGGAGAACGAGGGCCUGAGGACAAGGGUGCAGCACCUGGAGACGUCCCUGCAGCAGAAGGUGGAGGAGCUGGUGCGCCUGGAGGGGCAGGUCAGCGCCCUGCAGUGGCGGAAGGAGCAGGAGGUGCACAGGCUGGACGAGCAGAUACGGGAGCUGCAGCUCACGCUGGAGACCCAGCAGAACCGGCCCCCUGACGUGCAGUACGUGACCCAGACGGUGGAGGUGGAGUCCCCCACGACCCUGAGGUCUCUGGUGGAGGCCGAGGAGCGGAACCGGGGGCUGCUGGAGCAGCUCUCCAGCCAGGGGGAGCGGUACCAGCGGCUGGCCGAGCAGCUGCAAGGCUCGGAGGAGGUGACUGCCGGGCUGCGGCACAAGAUCGCUGCCUACGAGUCCGAGAUUGCCAAGCUGCGGGAGGAGCUGCUGCGGGAGAUCAACCACCUGGAAGCCCAGAAGGAGGAGGCCGUCAAGGAGGCCUCGGAGAGCUCGGAGCAGCACCUGGAGCAGCUCCGCGAGCAGCUGACAGGUGUCCAGAGGCGCCUGGCCACGCUGCAGCCUGUCCUUAAGGGCAUGAAAACCAACUACUCCAGCCUGCGCAGUCAGGUGCGCGACUUCUCCGGGUUCUACGAGGCGGCCAUCCGGGAGGCCAGGAGACAGAUGUGCUCGGCCGUCAGCGAGGCGUCAGAGGCCAGCCGGGACCUGCUGCAGAAAUACCAGCAUGAGGUGCUGCUGCGCAAAAAGUACCACGCCCAGCUGGUGGAGCUGAAAGGGAACAUCCGGGUGCUGUGCCGCCUGAAGCCGGUGACAGAGGCGGACCAGCGGGAGGGGGAGGUGAGCACGGCCGUCAGCACGGAGCCCGGCAGUGACAGCAGCGUCACCGCCCGCUACAAGGGCAAGGAGAGGACCUUCGAGCUGGACAAGGUCUUCCUGCCGGAGGCCACGCAGGAGGAGGUGUUCCUGGAGAUCGAGCCCCUGGUCCUGUCCUGUCUGGACGGCUACAACGUGUGUAUCUUUGCCUACGGGCAGACCGGCUCGGGGAAGACGUACACCAUGGAGGGCGUCCCCGAGGACCCUGGCAUAAACCAGCGUGCGCUGCAGGCCCUGUACCGGGAGAUGGAGGCCAGGGCGGGGCUGUGGAAGUACUCGGUGACCCUCAGCGUGGUGGAGAUCUACAACGAGGUGAUCCGGGAUCUGCUUGGGAAGGAGCCGCAGGAGAAGCUGGACAUCAAGCUGAACCCUGACGGGAGUGGGCAGCUCCAUGUGCCAGGCCUGACCAGUGUGGAGGUGCAGGGACUCAGGGAGAUCCGAAAGAUGUUGUCGCUGGGGAAGAGGAACCGGGCGACCUACUGCACCAACAUGAACGAGCGCAGCUCCCGGUCCCACGCCCUGCUCACCGUCACCAUCACCGGCACCAACUGCAGCACCGGCACCAAGACCUCAGGGAAGCUGAAUCUGGUGGACCUGGCGGGUUCUGAGCGGGUCUGGAAGUCGGGGGCGCAGGGCGAGCGGCUGAAGGAAGCUCAGAACAUUAACAAGUCCUUGCUGGCCCUGGGGGAGGUGAUCCAGGCCCUCAGAGCCAAGCAGGGCCACGUGCCUUUCCGCAACUCCAAGCUCACCUACCUGCUGCAGGACUCCCUGGGCAAGGGCAACAAGACUGUAAUGAUGGUGCAGAUCUCGCUACUGGAGAAGAACGUGGGGGAGACCAUGUGUUCCCUGAAGUUCGCCCAGCGCGUCUGCAAGGUGGAGCUGGGCCCGGCUUCCCGCAGGAUCGACUCCUGGGGCCAGAGCGAGCUCUGA